AUGCAAGAAGACGUUACAAUGGCACAGUAUAUGUCCACUAGCCAUAAACGAGGUGGUGUGACCUACUCGUUUAACUGUUACUUUCGACAAACAUGGACCGAUUCAAGGCUGAAGUUUAAUGGGACAGCUGGUCAGGAGCUAUCACUCAGCAUGGCCAUGCUGGACAAAAUAUGGAAGCCAGAUACGUAUUUGGGAAUGGUGCACGUCCUUAUCACACACAGUAUAAACGACAGCAACAUGCUUGUAGAUUGCAUCGAUGGUACAGUUCUGUACAGCAGCAGGCUCACUAUCAAAGGAAAAUGUGCCAUGUCGAUGAAUCGUUAUCCAUUGGAUAAGCAGGUAUGUCGAUUGAUAAUUGGUUCUUAUGCGUUCGGCUCUGACGAGUUAAUGUAUGACUGGAGACUUAUGGGCACGGAUAGAGGCGUUCAGGCAUGGCAUUUUUCAUGGACUUUCGAAGGAAUUUCCGACUUGGCGCAAUUCUCGAUGACGGGAUUCAAAGUGCUCAAUUCAACCAAUAUGACACGAGAUCGUAACUAUUCCGCCCUCGAGGUCCGAUUCUACUUUGAACGACAUUUUGGCUACUUCCUGAUGAACUUCUAUGUGCCAUGUACGCUAAUAGUUCUCCUUUGCUGGGUAGCAUUCUGGACAAAUCGCGAAGCUACUGGAGAUCGAGUAGGCAUGGGGAUAACAUCUGUUCUCACUAUGGUCCUGAUUGCUAAUGACAGCAAAUCGGAUGCUCCGAAGGUCAGUUUUCCCACAGCAUUGGACGUGUACAUAUGGAUUUGCUAUACGACAUUACUGCUGUGUAUGGUGGAGUUCACUGUAGUGCACUACUUCACCAAAUUCAACACCGGCGAUCCCGAAAUUCAGGCGAUAGAGAGAGAAAGGAUGAGACGAAUCAUCAGAACGAUACCGAAGACAGCAGUCUUAAGCACCAGCCGCCGCAUGCACAGACAUCUCCGACUUAGUGGGAAAACGAGCUUCAGCCGACGAGACGGUGGAAGGCAUUCGAUGUACAAUCGGAAUACGAAUUUCUCUCUCAAAAAGCGUCUUCUAGCAAAGAAGCACAGCUCAGCAUCCCCAAGUGACGUAGACGAGCGCACAUUAGAGCAGUUCCAU